AUGACCACAUCCACCCCACGCGCCCCCAAACCCACCGACUUCCCCUCCCACCUCACCAUCACGAUCACGCACCCCCCCAGCACAUCCGAAAAAUGCCCCAACAUCCUCCUUCUCCUCCACGGCCUCGGCGACACGGCCGCCAACUUCACCGCCUUCGCGCGCGCCCUCCACCUCCCCGAAACCACCAUCCUGACCCUGCAAGCCCCGCAGCCCCUCCCCUUCGACCUGGGCGGCUACCACUGGGGCGACGACGUGACCUUCACGCCGGCGGGGGAGCUGGACAUGGACGCCGGAUUCGCGCGGGCGGUGCGCCUGCUCGUCCACGAGGUGAUCGCGGGCGUUCUCGUGCGGACGUGCGGGUAUCGGUGGCGGGAUGUCUUGGUGUUGGGGUUGGGGCAGGGCGGGAUGGUGGGGUUGGAGGUUGCCAGUGCUGCUGCUGCUGCGGCGGCGGCGGCGGCGGCGGCUGCUGAUUCUGGGGAGGACGGUGCAUCAUUGGGGUCUCCUCCGCAGCAGACCGAAACUGAUCGCUGGUUGGCCGGGGUGGUGUCGAUCGGGGCCCCGUUUCCGUUGUCCGCGGUCAAGAAUACCACCACCCAGAAAAAUCGGACGCCGGUGUUGGUGGUCGCGGGAAGGGAUUCGGCGGCCGUGACGGAGAGCGCGGUGCGCAGGACGAAGGAUCGGUUUGAGUUUGUCGAGGUCCAUCGGUAUGCCCGCCGCGGGGAUGGGAUGCCCCGGAAUCGGGACGAGAUGUUGCCCGUCAUGCAGUUCUUGGCGAGGCGGUUGAGGAGUUGGAAGGGCGUGCCGGAGGGCAGUGUGGAAAUCUCCUGA